UGGAAAAUAAAUAUUCUGCCCCUUACAGCCCCGCUGAGAGAGAACAGUCGACGGAGUAAACCCGAAAACUAGCGGAAAAUUUCCGAGAAGGUCAGAAAAACAGCACACAGCCAGAUUUUUAGUCUCGGGAAAGCUCGUCUUCACAAAGUUUUUAUCAGGGAAAUGAGGUCAUAUCGUUUGUUCCAUUGUAAUGUUGGAUCGGUGGGAGUACUUGUCGUUUUCAGCAUUGUACUGUUUGCGAAAAGCUGCUACAGUGACGCUGAAGAUGUGGUUUUGGAGAAAGCCCAACUUUCCGAACUAUACAGUAAAGGUGCAUUUAUCCUGGAGAGCAUUCAGCUGAACCGCUGUGUCAGCCUGGACCGGUCCAACCUGGUUCUGGAGAGCUGCGAGAAGCCCACCCGGUUCAUGCUGUGGAAGUGGGUGUCCCGCCACCGCCUCUUCAACGUGGGCCGCAGCCUGUGCCUGGGCCUGAACACCAGCGACCCGCUGCAGCCGCUGGGCGCUUUCGAGUGCGACGUGCCCCUCCCCACCCUGUGGUGGCGCUGCAGCGGGAACGCCCUGUUCGGGGCGUCCCAGCUGAAGCUGGCCGUCACCGGACGCCUGGUCGUGGCCAAGAGGUCCGCUUACCACCAGUGGAGGAGGUACUCCACGUCCGGGGAGGGGCCGUGCGCAUAUCCUUACGAAGAGAUCCACACGCUGUUGGGCAACGCACACGGCAUGCCCUGCGCUCUGCCCUUUAAGUACAACAACAAGUGGUACUGGGAAUGCACUGCCGAGGGCCGGGAGGACCACCGUCACUGGUGCGCCACCACCAGCCGGUACGACCAGGACGAGAAAUGGGGCUUCUGUCCAACUCCAGAGUCGGGUUGCGGCACGUUCUGGGACAUGAACCAGGAAACGAAAGCCUGUUACCAGUUCAACCUGUACACCAUAGUGACAUGGAGCCAGGCCCACUCCUCAUGCAAAGCUCAGGGGGGCAACCUGCUGAGCAUCACUGACCUGGUGGAGCAGCGGUACAUUAAAGAGCGGCUGAAUGAUGUGGGGAGGAUCGUGUGGAUCGGCCUGAACCAUCUGGAGGAGAGGGCAGGCUGGCAGUGGUCGGACGGAGCGCCCCUUGCCAUGGUCAACUUCAUCUCAGGUAUCUCGGACAUGUUUGGCCAGGAGAGCAGGCAAUGCGGCGUGUAUAACUCCGCCGCGGGGCACCAGUGGCAGAGCCUCAACUGCGAGUCGGCGCUGCCCUACAUCUGCAAGAAAACCCCCAACGACAGCCGGACGGCCGAGCCCUUCGAGAACUGGCAGUACUACCGCACGGUGUGUGCCGCCGGCUGGGUGCCCCACAACCGCUUCUGCUACCAGGUCCUGCCGGAGCCGGGCAGCUGGGAGGACUCGUCCGCCUCCUGUCAGGCCCUCCGGGCCAACCUGACCAGCCUCCACUCCCUGGCUGACAUGGAGCUUCUCCUCACCCUGCUCAGCAACUUUUCAGCCUCGACUUCGGCGGUAUGGAUUGGCCUGAACAACCGGACCUCGCCCGCCUUCGAGUGGUCGGACGGCUCGCCCGUGAAUUUCACGCCCUGGCACAAACGGGAGCCCAAUCUCCGCCACAACUUCACGCAGUUUUGCGUCAAGGCGAACAAGGAUGAAGGGAACUGGCUGCUGGCUUCCUGUGAUGAAAGGCUGCCUGCAGUCUGCAGGAGGCCAGGCCUUCUCCCUAUACUCAGCCCUGCCGCGUGGGAUGAGGACUGCCCUGAGGGUUGGAAGAGGAGAGGUCAUUUCUGCUACAAAGUUACAGAUUCUUUACAGAACUAUGGAGAUGCUUUGGGAGGAUAUUACUGCAAAGCACCUCUCGUCACAGUGGAAAACAGAUUUGAACAGGCCUUCAUAAACAGUCUGAUAAAUGCAGUCAGUAGUCAUGUGGGCCAGUACUACUGGAUCGCCUUGCAGGGCUGGGAGAGACCUGGGGAGUACAGCUGGCUGGCACUCAAUGGAACUACCCAGCCACUUCUAUACACCAACUGGAACCGACAUCAGCCAGUCAGCAGUGCUGGGUGUGUAGCAAUGAGUGGCGGCCAAGCACUGGGCCGCUGGGAAGUAAAGGACUGCAAAUCCCAUAAGGCCUUCUCAGUGUGCAAGCAGAGCAUCAGCAGUUACCAGGAAGUUCAGACACCCUCCACCGACAUUGAUAAGGCGACACCCUGUCCACCCGGGUGGGAGAGCAACCCCGAUCUGUACGAGUGCUACAAGGUGUUUCACAAUGAGAAGGUCCUAAUGAAGCGCUCAUGGGAGGAAGCGGACUUGUUUUGCCAGGCCCUUGGGGCAAACCUCGCCAGUUUCUACCAUUUCGAGGAUGAAGCCUUUGUCAAAUGGAUACUAGAGACAAUGUUUGAUUGGACAGAGAACCGCAUGUUCUGGAUAGGAUUCAACAAGAGGAACCCACAGUCCGAAGGUGCUUGGGAAUGGUCUGAUCGUACACCUGUUGUCAUGUCAUUCAUAGAAGACAAAAACAACGAAGACGACAUGCACAACUGCGCUGCGUACAGUUUCCCAAACAACGCCGUGAUCCCUCAGCCCUGCAAUGCCAAACACGAGUGGAUCUGUAAAACACUCAAAGGUGUGGAGUUGCAGAGGCCAUAUUGGUACAUUGAGCACGAGGACCCUUGGGUGUUCCGCAGAGGGGCCGAGUAUUACAUCGGAAAGCAGCCCUUUCAGUGGGAGGCCGUCUCCUUCGCCUGCAAGAUGCUGGGGGCAGACCUGGCGUCCGUCCAUUCGGCCGAGGAGCUCAAGUUCAUCAAAGGGCGGAUGGAGAAGCUGUCUCAAGGUUCUGAGUGGUGGAUUGGGCUGUCUUUGGACCCGGUCAGUAAAGAGUACAGGUGGACAGACGAGUCCCCGUUGGAUUACCAGAAUUGGGCGCGAGGGAGUUCCCAUCAGUCCCCAGUGACAAACAGUGCCUGUGUCUACAUGUCCCCACCGUCAGGGGCGUGGUCGGCGGGUCAGUGCACUGAGUGGCGGGGCUACGUGUGCAAGCGCAGGACCGUGUCCGUCUCGGAGAUUCCCAGGGAGCCUCACCUUAUCGGUGGCUGCCCGGAGAAGUGGCUGUAUUUUGGACACAAGUGUCUUCUCCUGCACUUUCCGAAGAGCCCGGAUGAUGGGAAGAGCUGGAAAGACGCUCAGGCGAUCUGCUCCUCCUUUCAGGGCUCGCUGGUGGCCAUAGAAAAUGAGAUUGAGCAAGCGUACAUCACAAUGCUGCUGGCUAGCGGGUCACCGAGCGUUUGGAUCGGACUCCGGGAUGAAGACACAAUGAACUGGGUCAACGGGAAACCACUCAUUUACACUAACUGGUCCCCCAUAGAACCUGAGAGUUCUGUCUCUGAUUACGACGGGCGGGCUGACAUCGACGAACCGCUCUGCACUCUUCUGUCCAGCAAUCACAACAUCCACCUGACGGGGAAAUGGUAUGACGAGAAGUGCGCGGAGAGGGGGUACGGGUUUGUGUGUCAGAAAGCGCAAGACCCAUCUAAACCCCCAUCCCAAUCCUAUUUCCAUCCUCUCCCUGAUACUAUUGAGUACAAGAACCGCAGCUACAGGGUUGUCCAUGGCAACAUGAGCUGGUACGAGGCGCUGAAUAGGUGCUUAGAGAAUGAGACUGAGCUAGUGAGCGUUACAGACCACUUCCACCAAGCAUUCCUAACUGUCCUUGUGAAUAGAUUGGCAUUCCCCCACUGGAUUGGACUGUAUAGUCAAGACGACGGGAUAAACUACCAGUGGUCCGACGGCAGCGACGCGGUGUUCACGCACUGGGACUCCGGGGACGACGGCGACGACGCAGGGGACUGCGUGUACAUGGACCCGCGCGGCGGGUGGAGGAGGGCCGACUGCGAGAGGCCGCUGCAGGGCGCCGUGUGUCACGUCCCCCCUCCCCGCCAGAGCUUUGCGUUCUCACAUGAGGUGCUGUGUCCGCAAACUUGGGUGAAGUUUGAAAGCAGCUGUUACAGCUUUGAGCCCAUCGUACAGAGGCUGGGCAUGGAGGAUGCGAGAGAGCACUGCAAAAACAAAGCAAAUGCCUCUGACCUGAUGACCAUUAAAACUGAGGAUGAGAACCGCUUUGUCCUAGAGGAACUGAAGUCAUAUGGAUUUCCACACCAGAUGAUGUGGCUUGGAAUUAUAUAUGACACUGACAAUGAUGCCCUUGCAUGGGUUGAUGGCUCUCCGAUCAAGUAUUCAAACUGGCAAUUCAAAGCUCCUAACAUGGACACUCUUGCCCUUGACACUUGCGUCUCCAUGAGGCUGUCUGACAGUGUCUGGCAUUUGUCAGGUUGCAGUGACAAACUGGGAUUCAUCUGCAAAUUACGCUCAGACACAAAUACCGAUGUAGAGGUUGAACCACUGAACGAGUUGCAUCAAGGAGUUGUUCCAGUCGCAGUCCUGGUGGCUAUUUUGAUAUUUGGGGUGCUUGUAGUCUCACUUUGGGUCGUGUACAAGAGAAAUGCAGUGCAUUUCAGAAUUCUGUCAUCCUUAGGAAAUGCUUAUUACAGACAAGAGAACUCACAGACCACAGACCAAGAGGGAAAUGUUCUUAUCACAGACCUUGAGACGAACACUGGGGAGUAGAUUUUGCGUUAUGAAUUGCAGACAUAUUUGCUGAGUGGAAUGUCUGAAUGACCUAACAAAAUGUAUGCUCAGUUAGCAUAUGAUUUUCAAAUCAGGGAUCUGUGUCAUUUUUGACAAUAGUGCAAAAUUGCAUAUAAACUCUUAAUGAGGGAAAAUAAUCCCUCUGUUGUCUGAAGCACAUAUGAAGAUAUGAAACAUCUGUUUCAGCAUUUGAAUUUACACUGUUUGCAAUUACAAACUGAAGGAAUCAAUGAGAUUCAAAAAUGAAGUUGUUCUUCUUGUCAUAUGCAGGGGAUUUGUGCUGAAUCAUGACUAAGUUAUUGUUCUAUGCAUGAAAUGUGAAAAAAAUGUCUGUAAAAAUAAAGCUAAAUUAAGAUUGAACAUUA